AUGAUCCACUUGAAUCAUCGCUCUCCAGUUCUGAUUGUCUGGAGUUUAAUAUUUUUCUUCAUUGCUGCACUAGCUGUUGUACUUCGAGUUGCCUCUACACAUAUCCGACGCCAGAGAUUCAAAUAUCAUGAUUAUCUUGUCUUUUUCUCACUUGUAGGUCUGACUGGAUAUGUGGUGGAUAUGUUGGUCGGGGCUACCACAGCGGGGUAUGGUGGGCAUACGGCGAUAAUGGCUGUACGCCACCCGGAAAGAUUGGUUAGUGCAUUGAAGAUUUUCUGGGCAUCAGAAUGGAUGUGGGCAACCUCAACAGUCUGCUUUAGGCUCGCCAUACUUCUAUUAUAUAUGGAGAUCUUCCCAGGGAACAAGAAGUUCUUCUGGUGUGCAACUGCAGUGGGAUGUCUUGUCCUCCUAUACUGGGUAUCCGCGAUCUUGACCAUCGCUUUGCUCUGUCGUCCGGUUGCCUACAACUGGGACCACACUAUUUCAGGGAGUUGUGGGGAUGUUUUGAAGAUACAGUAUGCAUCUGCAGGGUUUAACAUGGGGAUUGACUUGGGAGUCGUCUUACUUCCGCUGCCUAUUGUCUGGCGCCUGCAAAUGUCGAGUCGUAAAAAGACAGGCGUUACUGCAUCUUUUGCGAUCGGCGUGUUAACGGCCGGUAUCAAUUUGGGGCGCAUUAUUCAGACCAAGCUGUGUCCUGCCGAUGACCUUGUCUACUGCCUCAGAGACUCCUCUAUUUUCAUCAUGGCAGAAAUGACAGCAGGGAUCUUGGUGGCCUGUGUUCCAACAUUUGGGCCCCUAUUGUUUCGCGGGCGAAAAUUACGGUCAGCACAACCACGCGAUUUGCCCACAAUUGGAUCGGCUCAAAUGCGCCGUCGUCCCGCGAAAUUUGACUCUCUGCUUUCCACGAUCGACCACACUCACAAUGAUGGUGAAGAGCAAGGCCAUACAAAGAAAUUGGAGCCUGGUGCGCCCACAUCACAUAUCGGAGCUGGUGCUGAGAAUGAAGCUCCAGAGACAGGUAUUUUAGUGACACACGAUCUCGAUGUGCAUAGUCUGAAUCUGCUCCCUAAAGUGUCUGGAACUUCUCUUUGA